UUUAUGUUGGCUAAGCGCCGACGCAAUCAUAAAAACAAUAGAGAUAAUUUAUAUUAAAUGUGUAAAUGCUUUAGUGUUGCUUGGCUUAGUUGGUCUCGCACCUCCAAGCUGUCAACAUGAGGGUCUUGCAAACGGUGUCCAUCCUCGACCCCUCGGAGCUCGUCCGCCCAGAGGUGGGCUUCGCGUCCAAGGACGAGCACGAGUACCGCGAUUACACGGUCACCGCUGGCGACGCGCACAUGGAACGCGUCCUGCAGACCUACACCGAAAUGCACGACUCGCAGACGGUCGACUCGGUGCGCUCGCGUCUCAAGCGCUGGACAAAGUUCAACGCUUUUCGCGCCGAGGUGCUCGAGACGCUGGACAAGCUGGACAACCUGGUGGACGAGAGUGACCCUGACUUAGAUCUGCCCAACAGCGUGCACGCUUACCAGACGGCCGAGCAGCUGCGCAAGGACUACCCCGACCUCGACUGGCUCCACCUGACAGGUCUCAUCCACGACCUGGGAAAGGUCAUGGCAUUCUACGACGAGCCCCAAUGGGCGGUUGUUGGUGACACAUUUGUUGUCGGAUGCGAGUGGGCCGACAGCAUUGUCUACAGAAAGGAGACUUUCAAGAACAAUCCGGACGGCAGUAACCCCAAAUAUAACACCAAAUUUGGCAUGUACUCUGAAAACUGCGGUCUGGACAAUGUGACCCUGUCCUGGGGCCAUGACGAGUACCUGUACAGGUUCCUCAAGCACAACAAGUCUACCCUACCAGAGGAGGCGCUUUACAUGAUCAGGUAUCAUUCCUUUUACCCGUGGCACAGGGGCGGCGAUUACAUGCACCUUUGCAAUGAAAAGGACAAGGAGAUGCUGAAAUGGGUGCAGUUGUUCAACCGCUACGAUCUGUACACAAAAAGCGACCAAAUGCCCGAUGUUGCGAAGAUCAAGCCCUACUAUCAGAGUCUCGUUGAUAAGUAUAUACCCGGCGUUUUGGAAUGGUAAACUUCAGAUUUGAGCUGUCAAAAUACUUACUGAUAAUGAUGCUGUCCUCUUAAUGAAAUCGUCAUAGUAUAUUUUUCUGGGUUAACGACUUGUAAGAAAAAACAAAGAUUAUAUAAUUAUACUUCUGGUAAUGUAUUUCAUGAGCAAAACUAACGUUUACAUAACAAUUUAAGGAACUUUUGAUUUACAUUUUAUCCCUCAUGUAAAGCCCGAUAUAAAAAUAAAUUGUAUAUUGAUUUUAUCCUAACA